AUGCCAAGUAGCGACGACAAGGUGAUAGCUGGCCACAUAAACACACUUGUGAACCACAACCCUCCACAACCGAUAAACACACUUGUGAACCACAACCCUCUACAACCGAUAAACACACUUGUGAACCACAACCCUCCACAACAGAUAAACACACUUGUGAACCACAACCCUCCACAACAGAUCAACACACUUGUGAACCACAACCCUCCACAACCGAUAAACACACUUGUGAACCACAACCCUCCACAACAGUUAAACACACUUGUGAACCACAACCCUCCACAACAGAUAAACACAGUUGUGAACCACAACCCUCCACAGCAAAUAAACACACUUGUGAACCACAACCCUCCACAACAGAUAAACACACUUGUGAACCACAACCCUCCACAACAGAUAAACACACUUGACCACAACAUUCCACAACAGAUAAACACACUUGUGAACCACAACCCUCCACAACAGAUAAACACACUUGUUAACCACAACCCUCCACAACAGAUAAACACACUUGUGAACCACAACCCUCCACAACAGAUAAACACAUUUGUGAACCACAACCCUCCACGACCGAUAAACACACUUGUGAACCACAACCCUCCACAACAGAUCAACACACUUGUGAACCACAACCCUCCACAACAGAUAAACACACUUGUGAACCACAACCCUCCACAACAGAUUAACACACUUGUGAACCACAACAGAUAA